AGGUAAAAUAGGUAUUAUCCACUAUCUAUCAGUUUUGGUUCAGUUCAACCAACUCGACUACUUGUGUACAAUACAGUUGUGUUGUUAAAUAUUCAUUCGAGGCACUGAUAGUGUUUUCCUUUUCCAAUAUAAUCCCGUUUAAGAAUUUCGCGUUUGAGGGACGUUACGUGCGAAGUGUUUAGACUUAAGUGGAUUUGUGGAAAAUAGUUUACUCACGAUGAUGAAGAUUUAAUAGCGUUUAUCUAUUGAUGCACGAAAUUUUUCAAUAAUGGCGUACCGUUCAGAAUUUCCUGAAGACAUGGAUCGCGAGGAAAGGACGGCGGAGGGGGUCGAAAAACCCACCCAUAUAAUGGAACAUUUAGCGACGUUCACUGUAACCAAAGAAACUGGAAUCAUCUACCCAGCAGAUGGUAUGAGAAGAUUACUUCAACUGGAGAAAACCAACGGGAUUUGGUCGCAGAAAAUGCAACUGUGCCUGGACCGCUCCUGGGUUCUCAUCAUGGACUAUGAGACAGGGACCAUCAUGGAGAGGUUUCCAGUUAAUUCGAUUCAAGAACCUACUGCCUUUACUAGUCACGACCCUAUGGAGAUGUACAACAACAUUCUGGUUUUCAUAGUGGCGGACUCAAAUCAGACACAUCCGCCAGAAAUGCACAUUUUCCAGUGCCAAAGUAUCUCAGCUCAGGAUCUCGUAGAAGAUUUGAAGCAAGUCCGAUUGGGAAAGUCCAUAACGAAAAGUAGGAGAUCAAAUGUCCCUCCGCCCUCGCUCAAAAGUCCUCCAAACAUAAUCAACCCCGUACGCGAUCAUCAACGCGACUAUGUAGGAUCAGAUUCCGAGCAAGUCAACGAUGAUGCUAGCUCCACAGCAAGCGAAAAAUACGAAAGAGACGUCACCAUUUUAAAUCACUGUUUUGACGAUAUCGAAAAGUUCAUAGCGAGACUUCAACACGCCGCCGCAGCUGCUAGAGAGCUUGAGAGAAGAAGAAGAAAUAGAAAAUCUAAGAAGAGGGACAUGGGAGAUGGCAUGUUGACCAUGAGGACAAAACCACCACCAGAGAGAGAGUUUAUUGAUAUCUUCCAAAAGUUCAAGCUCUCAUUCAACUUGCUAGCGAAACUAAAGGCUCAUAUACACGAUCCAAAUGCUCCAGAAUUGGUUCAUUUUCUUUUCACGCCGUUGGCUCUUAUAGUGGAAGCUGCGCAUGAUACUUAUUUCGACGCACACCUGCCUCAUAAAGUUGUUUCACCACUUUUGACUAGAGAAGCCAUAAAUCUUCUCAUGAAUUGUGUUACUAGUAAAGAAACAGAAUUGUGGCAUUCGCUAGGUAAUGCUUGGUUGAUUCCUAGAGAUCAAUGGAAGAGUCACGUUCCGCCUUACCAUCCAGUUUUCAUGGAUAAAUGGUCUCCAGAAUAUCCUGUCAGCGAUGAAAUUGAAGAAAAACAUUACAGGGAGUCGCACAGUGAACCACAAUACAGUACCGAAUACAAUGACUACGAUCAGGAUAACAUGUUUGAUAGAGGCUAUGAACCUCCACUUGAAAGAGAAUCGAAAAGGGAACCGCAAAGGGAAAUACCCCCUAUCAGAGAUACAAGGAGCGAAAUCUCCGUUGACUCCAUUGAGAGAACUGGGGAAGAAUUGAGUUUCACGAGAAGUCAAGAAUUAUUUUUGGAUGAACUUCAAGCCAAAGGGGCUCAUAUUGUACAAGUGACCUAUCCCAGGACUGCCAACAAUGACAAAGAGAUGACUGUUGUUCGUGGGGAAUUCCUAGAGAUAUUAGACGAUAGUAGGAAGUGGUGGCGUGCCAGAAACAGUAGAGGACAAGUUGCAUAUGUUCCUCACACCAUAGUCAGUCGUUAUCAAGGCACUAAUGAUGUUUUUAGCAAUCCAUUAUACACACAUAACAGCAGUUUCAGUAAAAACUCCAACAGGGCUGAUUCACCCUCUGAUCAAUUCACGAUGAGCAAGGUUACCAAUCAUAGUGCAGCACCAUCAAUUUCAACAUCUGCCGACUGGGUUAGAAACGAAAGAAUCGGUCCUAGCAUUCCACCGCCUCCACCCCCGCCAUGUUUCAUUAAUACAGAAAGACAGGCAUCUCUUCCGGACCAAAGGGCAUCACCUGAAAACGACAGAGAAAGAAUUCGUGAGGAACUUUUCAGAAAGUUGAACUUACAAAAUCCUAACAAGAAAAAAAUGGGUAUUAGAAAGACGGAAGAAUCCUUCAUAAAUCAAAACAGUAGCCCUAUGGAUUUGCAGGAAUGGUUGAAAGCGAAAUGUUUCGGAGUUGAAAUUCGCGAAAGACUCGAGGGUAUUAAUGGACAUUCGUUAUUCACCGCCACAAAAGCUGAUUUGGAGAGUAUUUGUGGGGAAAAAGAAGGAAGGAGAUUAUUUUCUCAAUUGAAUCUACAAAAGAGCUUCAGCGGCUUCAAGACCGUGCGUUCAACAGAAUUACAGAGUGUACUAGCCAGGGCAAGGCAGAAGGUGGAAUAUGCAGACAAAGAAAGUUGAAUUUUAUUUUUAUAUGAAAAAAAUUAUAAAUUUUCUACCCAUUUCACAUUCAUAUGUAUUCCAUUAUCAAUUGAAUAUUAGUUUUUUGGGAAAAUAAAAAAAUUAUUCAUGAAA